GAGAAACGCCUGCCAAGGCCCAGCUCAUCUUUGACUAACACCACAUCGUUACCCCCUUGUGUAGAGAUUACGGUGGUAACCCAGGCAUACCACCCUGCCGUCGCUGUGUAAGAGAACAAAAAGAGUGCGUCUUAGCAACGUCGAGAAGAGGAGGUCGACGUCCCCGCAAGUUUGUCCGCUUACCACAGAGUGAGGGCGAUACCGCAGCCUUCCCGCAACAGCAACAACAACAGCACUCGGAUGCCGUCACAGGGCCGGCGGCCUACGACUCGGGACCCGGAGGUGGUGACGUCGGCACUUCCUCGGCGACGAACCUCCGAGAAGACCAGCAUAUGCACCACCACCGCUCCACCAGCCCGGGGGAUUCUCGGCAUCACAACGACGGUGACGAGCACUGGUCGUGCUCCCCCGAAGAGGACGACGACGGCCCGGCAGGAAGGCCGGCGAGUUGGCCCGGCUCCACUUCUCAGCCGGAUAGCCCCGGCGGUCGGUCGACACGGUCCCUUAAGAGCUCCGGCGAUAUCGAGGGCCACAUCACCUCAAGCGACUUGUUGAACCCUUCCGACGCGCUGAACCUCCUGGCGCAGGUUGCUGAUCUCGAUGGGGAGGAACGGCGUGACGAUAUGCGACAUUUGUCUGUGAGCGAUGCUACAGGCCGGGAUAAGUGCAGUCCCAGGAAAAGGUCACGCAAGCCAUCUACACCUGCGGCAACUCAUUACCCGCCCAUCUCAGAUGGAGUGCUAAGUCUACCUGUCGCUUCACGUCUGCUCACACUAUACAUCGACCACUUCCACCCCUUCUUCCCCGUAGCAGACAAAUGCAUCCUCACCCACACCCCCGCCACAGUCUCCUCCCUCAUCGACUCGGAACCCCACCUCGUCACCGCAAUCUUCACGGUAGCCUCCAAAGACGAGCCCUCCAUGUCCCGCGUCCACGAGGCCUGCUCCCGCUACAUGGAGACCCUCAUCUCCAAACUCAUCUACAAGGGGUCCACCGCCGUCGGCGCCGUCGAAGCACUACUAAUCCUCGCGCAGUGGGCGCCGCAGAGACUGCAGGAGAAGCCGACCAUUGGGCGCGGCGAGGAAGACGAGGGCGCGUGGAUGCAGAUUGGCGUCGCGAUACGGUUAGGGUACCUGCAGAGUUUAGAGCAGACGGGGUUGCUGUCGGAUAAGACCAGCCCGUCAUCGGAAACCUUUCGGAGGAAGAGGUUGGUUUGGGCUGCCUGCUAUAUGAGCGACAGAGAAGUAUCGAUCCGCGUGGGCAAGGGCUUCUGGUCCCGCGGACCGGGGCCAUCUACGAUACCACGCUCUGCGGACUUCCCGUCCCUGAGGAUACAGGAAGCCGGCACUGAUAACCUCGGGCAGCUGUUUCAGGCUCAGCUCGAGUUGAUACAGCUCUUCAGCAACGCUCAUGACAUACUAUACUCAUCGUCAAGUCAUAGAGCUCAGCUGUACCUCGGUGGGGAGUACGUGAGGUACAUAGACGACUCAUUCGCAGUACUUCGGAAAUGGAAGAUCGUCUGGGGAAGUCUCAACUUCACCCCAUUGAUAAAAGCAGGUCUCAACCUCUCCUACGAAUUCCUCCGUCUCUACAUCAACGCCUUCGCCUUCCAAGCAACAAUCAACCGCGCAAUAACCAAAGCCCGCCAACAACGGCAACAACACAUCCAGCAAAACCAACAAUACCAACAGAGCCAACAGAAAAAGUUCUCAAAAUACCAGACUCGGCAGCACAACGGACACGAGACAACGACAGGUUCGCACGCGCCAGCAAGGCACCCGCCACCGCCGCCGCCAACGGCAACAAUUAGCCCCCUCUUCGCAGACCUCGCCAGCACGCCCGACGCCCGCUUCAUAUACGAAUCCAUGGACGCCGCAAACUCGCUGCUCAACAUCCUCAACUCUUCUGUAGAUCCGGCUACCGGGUUGAGGUAUAUGCCGCUCAAAUACUACCUCUACGUCAUCUACGCGGCCGUGUUUCUGUUCAAGGCUCGUCUUGCGGGUGCCCUUGGUAGCGAAGCCUCAGAAAGCGUCCGCCGCUCCAUAAACGUCACAAUCGAAGCCCUCCAACGCUCGUCCCUGAGUCCACACAGCCUAGGCCAGCGCUAUGCACGGCUCUUAUCCCUUCUUUGGAGGAGUAAACCAGAGGAACAACAGCAACGGAAUCAACCUACCCGACAGUCCAAUGUAAGCAUCUCAGGUCCGGACGGUCACGCAGUCGAUGCCACCAACGGCGGCGUGCCGUGCCCGGCGUUCGGCCUCCACAACGGAGCAGGUCCCGGGUCCGUAUCAGUGCAUGUACCAACUGUGCCGAGUUCAGCCAACGCCAAUAACAAUGGCUACGGAGGUCUUGGCGGCGGACAUGCCGAGCAUCAUCACCAAGGCUUCGGGAUGUCACACGGCCACGCGCACUCUAACAUGGCUGCCUUUCCGCAUCAGCCUGACCUUCUCGUCAGAGGUUUCUCAUGGCGAGAUCUAGAUGACCUGGGGCAGUACAUCGGGCCGGCAGACAUGAACUUUUCUGAUUCUGCCAACUUGGCGGUGAUGGGCGGGCCGAUCAACUUGGAUGAAGGAGCAGGGUACGACGUUCUCUGGCCAGGGAACGAUGUAGUAUUCUAGCGUCCUUCCGACUUGAAGCUUCGUCACGAUGGAUAUGGACUCCUCAUGUGAUGUUGGGAAAAGGGGUCAGGGUAAUGUGGUAAUUGGCUUAAGCGAGGGCACUCGCGUGGAUACGGAAAAGGAAAGAGGUUUGCGGCGUUUGAAGGUAAGGUACUUGCUUGAGGUAAUCAGACGAAUCAUCCUUGGGACCCUUUAGGCCGCGGAUGGUAUCAGCAAUGGAGGAAGAUCGCACGGAGGGGAAUAUUCAACUUCACUGUGCAAGUUCAUGUCCUUGAUCCUGCCUCAGUAUUGCGUACUUAUCUAUGAUAAGAUACGAGUGAACUCAUACAUCUCUUCAGGAAGUGACACAGUGCACUCUUCAGCCCACCGUUCUACUGCGAGUGCUAUAGUCCUGCAACCAACCUAAAAUAUAGACAAGCUGCCCUGAGCUUUCAGUAGUGCUGCAUCGGGCAUGAUAGGAGACCGGUGGGGUUAAAGGCAAGGC